UACGUACGCAAGAUCCAUCCUUCUGACAAUGGUGCAGCGCACAAGUAAUGCGGAAGUGAUGUCGAUGGACCUUUCACCCAAGAUGCCGGUCAAGGCCUACGGCGGCGACGGCGGCGCCUACUACGACUGGAGCCCCGCCGACCUCCCCAUGCUCGGAGCGGCCUCCAUCGGCGCUGCCAAGCUCCACCUUGCUGCCGGCGGCCUUUCCCUGCCCAGCUACUCGGACUCCGCCAAGGUUGCAUACGUCCUCCAGGGCGCCGGCGUCUGCGGCCUCGUCCUCCCAGAGGCCGCCAAGGAGAAGGUGAUCCCCAUCAAGGAGGGCGACGCGCUCGCGCUCCCUUUCGGCGCCGUCACCUGGUGGCACAACGCCCAGGACUCUUCUGCCGAGCUCGUCGUGCUCUUCCUCGGCGACACGUCCAAGGGGCACGUUCCCGGUAAGUUCACCAACUUCCAGCUCACGGGUGCAACCGGCAUCUUCACCGGCUUCUCCACCGAGUUCGUCGCCCGCGCCUGGGACCUUGACCAGGACUCCGCCGCCAAGCUUGUCUCCACCCAGCUAGGCUCCGGCAUCGUCAAGCUCGCCUCCGGCCACAAGAUGCCGGAGCCGCGCGCCGAAGACAGGAAAGGUAUGGUGCUCAACUGCUUCGAGGCGCCGCUGGACGUCGACAUCAAGGGCGGCGGGCGCGUCGUGGUGCUCAACACGGCCAACUUGCCUCUGGUCAAGGAGGUCGGUCUCGGCGCAGACCUUGUCAGGAUCGACGGUCACUCCAUGUGCUCGCCGGGGUUCUCCUGCGAUUCCGCGUACCAGGUCACCUACAUCGUGCGCGGCAGCGGCCGGGUGCAGGUGGUCGGCAUUGACGGCACCCGGGUGCUGGAGACCCGCGCCGAGGGAGGCUGCCUCUUCAUCGUGCCCAGGUUCUUCGUCGUCUCCAAGAUCGCCGAUGAGACUGGCAUGGAGUGGUUCUCCAUCAUUACCACCCCAAACCCAAUCUUUAGCCACUUGGCGGGGAGGACCUCGGUGUGGAAGGCUAUAUCACCAGCGGUGCUGGAGUCGUCGUUCAACACCACACCCGAGAUGGAGAAGAUGUUCCGCUCGAAGAGGCUCGACUCUGAGAUCUUCUUCGCUCCGAACUAG